AUGCAUGUAAAAGUUAUUCGAGCGCAACAACUUGGCGGUGAUCGUACAGUAAACCAGCCGUAUGUUGUACUGGAAAUGGAUGAACCGGCACAAAAAUUUCAAACAAAACGUGGUCUUAAUAUCAGUCCAUAUUGGGAAGAAUCAUUUGAUUUUGAUUUGACAUCAGCAUCCGAGGAGAUUCUGUUUGAGAUAUACGAAGGUAGUAGUGAUACCUCGAUUAUUGCUCCUACUGGGCUUGUCGAAUAUUCUGCGCAAAACAAGGUUGAAGAUGAUCGAUUCUUAGGGCUUGCAAUUGUUAGCUUGGAAGAAGUACGACAUUCCAGCGCUAAUGUUUUGCAUACGUUAAAAUUACAAGGACGACCGUAUAGGAAUGAUAUGAUCACGGGUAAUUUGACUGUACAGUUCGACUUUUACUAUGAUCCAAUAGGAAAUUCGGCAGGUAAAGGUGUGGAUCAACGUAUCGUUCAAAAUAACGCCAAUCAAUUUCGUGAAACAAUAAGCAGUGCAACAAGGCCUAUAUAUGAUCCACGUGAUAGUUUUGAAGCAUAUGAUAACCAUGAUAUGACAUCAGCAAAGACAGCAACAGUCACUAUCAAAAAUGUUUCACAGCAAUCACUAAGCGACAAGAGUAAACCUGUCACAGAAACGUCAGGAAUUACGACGGUACAACACACAUCAACAACACCUGCGGUUUAUGAUUCACAUGGACAACGAAUUGGCACCAGCGUUGUGGAACAAGAACAUCAUUCAUACGGCAUCACAGUUCAACAACAAUCAUCCGCAUUAAACGAACGGCAACAAUAUCUCACUACAAUAGAACAACAUCAACAGCCUGGUAGUACAACAACUAGCCGGACACAGCAGCAUGUGAUACCUGGUAGUAGUACGGGAACCACUUCUGGUACUCAGCAUUUCCCUACCGGAACUAAAGAUCUCCACAUUACUGACAUCGAUAACUAUCCAUAUCAUAGGUACGAUGAACAAGAAGUAGAAACUUUUAUAAAAACUGAAGUAAAAGAAAUGCCUCAAACUAAAGAAGUUAAUGUAGUGCGGCAAUCCAGAGAUCAAACAAAAAUUCGUGAUGAAGAGAAGACAGCCAAGAAACGUGAUCGUUCAUUCUUUAGCGAAUUACGUGAGCGUUUAAGCGGACGUCGACGUUCCAAACGACGUGCUAAAAGUUGCGAGCUUGGAAUUGGUGAAAUGGAAGAAACCGUAUCAUUGCCACCUUCUCGAGAUAUAUCAAGGACACGAUUUUCAGAAAAAUCAGGCAGUCGACAUGAUUUAGGAUCAUAUGGGGAGAAAUCGGAACGUUCUACCAAGAGCCUAUAUGAACAUAGUACAUUACUUCUUGAGACACAUGAAAAUGGCCAGAAACGAUAUUAUCUUAUACCGCAUGCAGUACUAGACGAGCCAGGAGUGACAGAACUUUUGCGGCAAGGGAAAAAGCUACAUGUUUACAACGAUCAUACAUUUGUCGCCGUAAAAAGUCGAAGUGGUACCGUAUGCAAUGUAUGCCAUCAGCGUAUUGGACGAAGCAGUUUCACCAAACAAGCUUAUCAAUGUCGAGGUAAAGAUAAUUUUACAUUAUUAAGGAUUUAUGGCUGA